AAAAGAUAGCAGACAGAAGCAAUGGGGAUGUAGCAAUAGACUCUUACCAUCGUUAUAAGGAAGAUGUAGCUAUCAUGAAGGAAAUGGGUCUGGAUGCUUAUAGAUUUUCCAUCUCUUGGACCAGAAUAUUACCUAAUGGAAGCCUAAGUGGGGGAAUUAACAAAGAAGGCAUCGAUUAUUACAACAACCUCAUCAACGACCUCAUAUCCAACGGCUUGAAGCCCUUUGUGACCCUGUUCCAUUGGGACUCUCCCCAAGGACUAGAAGACCAAUAUGGAGGUUUCUUAAGCAACCGCAUUGUGGAUGACUUUCGCAAUUACGCAGAAGUGUGCUUUAGGGAAUUUGGCGACAGGGUAAAGCAUUGGAUCACCUUCAAUGAGCCCUGGAGUUAUAGCGUCGGAGGGUAUGCUUCAGGUAUUCUAGCUCCUGGCCGUUGCUCGCCAUCGGAGGUAGGGAAAUGUAGCGCUGGGGACUCCGGUCGAGAGCCCUACAUGGUUACCCAUCACCAACUUCUAGCCCAUGCUGAAGCUGUGAAGCUAUACAAACGCAAAUUCCAGGAAUCACAGAAAGGAAAAAUAGGUAUAACCUUAGUUUGUCAUUGGAUGAUUCCAUAUUCUAAUUCCCAGUCCAACGGUAAUGCAGCUGAGCGAGCUUUGGAUUUCAUGCUUGGAUGGUUCAUGGAACCUCUAACUAAAGGGGACUACCCACUUAACAUGAGAGCACUAGUUGGCAGUCGAUUGCCAAAAUUUUCAAGGCAGCAGUCUAAAUUGAUCAAGGGGUCAUUCGAUUUCAUCGGGCUCAAUUACUACACAUCAAGAUAUGCUAAAGAUCUUCCAAUCGGUAAUGCCAUAAACAUUACCUAUAAUACAGAUUCAGCUGCUAAUCUGACAGUGGUGAGAAAUGGGCUCUUCAUUGGUCCAAGGGCUGCUUCAAGUUGGCUGUACAUCUACCCAAGAGGAAUAAGAGAUCUCUUGCUUUACACGAAGGCUAGAUACAACAAUCCCAUCGUCUACAUCACAGAGAAUGGUGUCUCGGAGUUCAACAAUGGAACACUGUCGCUUGAAGAAGCCUUGAAGGACAAUACAAGAAUAGACUUCUACAGGCAACAUUUACUCUACGUCCGAGGAGCUAUCAGGGAAGGGGUGGAUGUGAGAGGAUACUUUGCAUGGUCACUGUUGGACAACUUUGAAUGGGUGGAUGGCUACACUAUCCGCUUUGGCAUCAACUAUGUGGAUUACAAAGAUGGCUUGAAGAGAUACCCAAAGAGUUCUGCUCUUUGGUUUGGCAGAUUUCUCAAAAAAUAAGCUUAUCUAUGAAUUGAAAUAUUUUUGGAUAACCAUGCAGCAUCCUCAAAAAAUAAGCUUAUCUAUGAAACAAUGCUUUUGGAUAAUUAUGUAUAAGAUCUGCUUUUGGGAUCAAGAUUCUACAAAGCCUUGGCUAGCACCAGAGUAGACAUGCAGUAGUCUCAUCCAAGAAAAGUUUAAUCUGUAAGAUCCACCCCUCAAUUAGUUACUAACCUACUCUUUUUCUCAUCACUUUAUCUCAUUGAGAAAACAUCA